CAAAACCACCACAACAACAACACAAUGCACGCAAGUGAGUGCUGAGCGCCUGGGGCGAGAGUGCGUCGUCAUUUAUUCCCUUGAGUGUGAUCCGACGAGAUAGCCAACAAGAAGAGCGAGCCAAAGCCGAGACUAAGCAGGGAAGAGAAGACAAGACAACAAGCCCGACCAAGAUGGCUGCGGUUGGAGUUGGAAUGGCGCUGAUGGCGGCAAUCGCCGUCUUGACACUGGCGGUGGGAAGCAGGACAUGUGCUGCUUCUUCCGCAUCGGCAGCAGGAGCACCACCCGCAUCGUGCAACAGCACUACGUUGCGGGCGACGUUCGGACCACUCCCGCCGUUCCUGACCUUCACUUCCUGUGAGGACGUGGAUGCCAACGCCACGUGCACCGUGGGUUGUGAUGGAACGCAGCGCUACACGGGCACGGCCGCAACCCUGCGCUGCGAGAACAACGGCACCGCCUUCUUCUCUGGACAGCUCCCCAUCUGCCACCCGCCCUGCGUGUCUUCAAGCGAGGACGUCGAUGACAGCGUGGCUGCCAAAUGCAGUGAAGUUGCUGUGGGCGACUCCUGUGUCUGGGAAUGCACGCGCGGGUACCAGGGCGACAGCGUGCUCCGCGUGUGCGUCGCGGCAAACCACACCGCAUCUUCUUUUACGGGACAACUCCCCACCUGCGACCCGGUGCCGUGCUUUCUGUCCGUGGACAUGCAGGGCGAGGCGUACAACCUGGCGGACUGCGCCAUCGGGCAGCACCAUGGCGACAUCUGCACGGCAAGCUGCGCGACCGGCUAUGCUGGCCAGGCCACCACCUUUAUCUGCGAUGAUGGUUCCUUUGUCGGCCGCAUGCCUUCCUGCACACUGAAGCGGCCACGCAUGACAACGGAUGCUGGCUCCGUGUUGCUGGGCGUGUACGAUGAGCAGGCUGUCAACAUUGCCUACUUCACAGACGACAACACCCCAAACGCCAAGUCUGGCCGAGUGCUGACGGAGAGGGAGAUUGAGGAUAAGAUUGCGAGCGCGUUUGAGGUUGACCGUGACAAUAACCCUGUGGAGGAUGCCAUUGUGCAAGACAUUGACUCGUCCGGUGGAGUCAGGGAUGCUGUUCAACGUGUCAUCGAUGCAAACUCGCCAACUGGUGCCACCCUGACAAACUACCUCCAGUCAACAGAGCAGUCGCUCGGAAACAAGAUAAUGGAGGAAACGGAUGCGGUGGAGACGACGCUGCGAAGCGAGCUUGCAGGCAAGGCCAUGUCGCUGGAAACCCAAAUGGACAAUGCGCUGAAUGCUGUUGCAAACAAUAUGGAGGAGCUACAGCGGCAAGUCAGGCUGGACUUUGUCGAAGCCGCACACAACACGUCACAGCGCGUGUGGAGCGCAGCAACGUCGCUGGAGACGCAGUUCAACGCCGCCAUCACAAAUGUGCAGGCCGAGGUGACGCAAGUGUCCAACCAUGUCGGGGCCAAAGUGCCGAGCUUGGAGCAAGGGUUGCAGGGCCUGGCCGCUGAUAUUGGAGGUGUCGACAGUCGCGUUGCCGCCGUGUCCAACGCGGCCACCGCCAUUUCGGACCAGGUUAACCGCUGCCUGCGCACGUGCCCAGCAGGCCAAUAUGUCAGCAGCUGGUGCACGUCCACCUCCCCCAAUGCCUGCUCCCCGUGUCCAGCCGACACCUUCAGCCGCGGCACGGGCCUCGACACCACGUGUGCACCGUGUCCGCUGACCACCUGCCCUGCUGGGACAUAUGCGCAGUCGUGCAAUGCAGCGACAGGCGCGUCCCUUGGCUGCGCCACCUGCCCAUCCAACACCUACCAAGACGAAGACCAGCACGUUUUGCGCCAGUGCAAGCCUUGCAGCUGCCCCAGCGGUUGGCAGCCACUGGGCUCCUGCGUGCGGGAUCAACCCUUCAAGUGUGUGCAGAACUACAUUAGCGUGUUUGAUGGCGCUUGCGGCGCCAAUGCGUGGCUGCUGACGGGAAAGGCUGGUGGAUGUUACACAUCCAGCACUCACUCGGGCACAUAUGUCAGCAGUGGUGACAUUGGCGGUGAUGACUUUGAUGUGUACGCCACGGCGCGCGUGCGCUUUGCGGCCGGACGCUACCGCUUCUUCUGCAGCGCAGAUGACUGCUGCUGGAUUUCGCUCCGCGGGCCGACCAACGUCAGCCCCAUCAACCCAUCGAGUUGCAAUGGGUGCACGUCGUGCAGCGGCCACACCGCCUAUGCCAACCUUGCUGCUGGAGAGUACACUGUCAUGUACCGCGCCCACGAGCGAGGCGGCGGGUUCGGCAUGACCUUCUACAUUGAUCGCGCCUGAUCCAACGAAGCUACAGCGCCACACUUCAUCGUCCUUUCGUCCACCACCACAGCUCCACGUCUGCAGCAUCAUGUGCUGUUGUGUGAUGUAACCCUCUUUUCGUUUUUCCCCUCAUGCUUGUUGCCCUUGUUACGGAGAAAUCACACAGUGCUUCUGCUCAUGUAUGACUGGACGUCUGGCAUCCUUGUUCUGUUCGUUAUUCGUGUUUGAUCACACGCUACAUCGGUCUCCUCUUUGUUACCUACCCUUCAAGACACCGCCCGUUGGCACAUCUGUUCAUGUCUG